AACCAGUUAAUUUUCUUUGCCUUCGACCACACUAGAAAUUCCUGCACAAUGGUGAAGGAAGUUCCAUAUACGAGAGUAUGCAACACGAAGAACAUACUCACCGUAAAUGGCCAAUUUCCGGGCCCUACAUUAUAUGCUCAUAAAGGAGACACCAUCGUUGUAGAUGUUUACAACAGAGGAAAAUUUAACAUAACCAUUCAUUGGCAUGGAGUGUUGCAAACAAGAAAUCCAUGGUCUGAUGGUCCAGAAUACAUCACUCAGUGUGCUAUUCAACCGGGAGCAAAAUUUAGGCAGAAGAUCAUUUUUACAACCGAAGAAGGAACUUUGUGGUGGCAUGCUCAUAGCACAUGGUUGCGAGCAACUGUCCAUGGUGCUCUGAUUGUUUAUCCCAAGAUCGGAACAAGCUAUCCUUUUCCGAAACCCGAUGCAGAAAUUCCUAUCAUAUUAGGAGACUGGUGGGAAGAAGAUAUAAUGGAGUUAUACCUAAAUCUUGAACGUGACGGUGAUGCCAUCCAAAUCAAUUCGGAGGCCUUCCUCAUCAAUGGCCAGCCUGGUGAUCUUUAUCCUUGCUCCAAACGUGAAACUUUUAAACUCGAGUUGAAUAGCGGUAUGACUUAUCUCCUUCGGAUAGUCAACUCCGUCUUGCUGGAUAGCCUCUUCUUCUCCGUUGCCAACCAUACUGUCACGGUAGUUGGAUCUGACGGUAGCUAUCUAAAACCAUUCGAGAGAAGCUUCGUAUUCAUAACCACAGGUCAGACCGUUGAUGUCCUUCUAGAAGCCAACCAAAGUCCCGAUCACUAUUACAUGGCCGCCAGCGUGUACUCCAUUGGUGGGACAGGUGCUUACAACAACUCCACCACCACAGCUAUUGUAGAAUAUAAUGGAAACUACACUCCAUCGUCGCCGCCGGUGCUCCCCGAUCUUCCUAGCCAUAGUGACACAGCAGCAGGCCUUAAUUUUACUGCUAGUCUUCGGAGUUUAGCUGAUGAGGAGCAUCCAGUUGAUGUGCCAAUGGAAAUAGACACACAUUUGUUCUAUACUCUUUCACUCAACGCUCCAUGCAAAAACCGCUCCUGCCCAGGACAAGGAUCCCUUAAUGUACAAUCUCGUGGACCCUCCUCUUCAAAACACCAUUCAUGUUCCCAAAGAUGGGUGGGUGGCCAUAAGAUUCAAGGCUAACAAUCCUGGAGUAUGGUACAUGCAUUGCCAUUUUGAUCGACACAUGGUAUGGGGCAUGGAUGCGGUGUUCAUAGUUAAAGAUGGCGAAUCUCCGGAGGCCAAAAUGUUGCCGCCACCACCUGGCAUGCCUCCAUGUUAAGGCUAUCUCAAUUAUAUCCAAGGUUGCAAAUUAAGUCUUCGGGUCAAGAAAGAUAUGUUCUCCCAUAAAACAUAUCUGGACAAAAAGAAGCACGGUAAUCCACAUGUAUUUGUAUUUAAAAUACAUUUAUUUAAAAUACAUGUAUUUAAAAUAUAUGUAUUUUAAAAGACAUUGUUUGGAUUGAAAUAAAAAAAAAAUAAUUUU